AUGUGUGCCAUUGGCCCUCGAGUGCAUUUAUUAAUUUUGUCAAACGGAUCCAGGAUAAAAUUUAUCAUACGGAUUCAGGAUACAAUUCUACCAAACAGCGGUACUGCGCAACAUACAUCCAUAUUGUAUCGAUGUACUGUGUUCCAUUGGCCCUCAACUGCAUUUCUUGAGGAUAGGAGGAUAACCUGUCGCGACAUCAGUCUGACCGGCCAUUUCUAUGGACAAUUCUGGUUCCGCUGUCCAGUGCGGAUGCAACCAGAAAGGUGCAGGCGCGAGCCAACCGGACGCCUGAGCAAGUGGCGGUGGAUCGAGCAGCAGCUGCAGCGUGAUGGGCAGAUGCACGAGCCAACCGGACACCUGAGCAAGUGGUGGCGGACCGAGCAGCAGCUACUGCUCGGUGGGCGCGGUGGUCGGAGGCGCGAGCCAACCGAACGCCUGAGCAAGUGGCGGCAGACCAAACAGUGGACGCAGCUUGGAAGCGUCAAGCCCAUGCGAUUUGGCAAAAGUCAUCUGAGGAGCACACACCACAAUGCACCCACCGCAGCAGGGAUGUUUGGAGGACGCUGGCAGUGGCGCGUCCAGCUCAAGUCUUCACAUGGCUACCAGUGGCAGCCGCACCAGGGGGCAGAACACCACCACCACCUGAGCCAGCUUUGCUGUGGGGCUUCCAAAAAGAUGUGGCUCAAUGGGCAUUCUACGGAGAAGAUAGGGCUCACCAAGCGUCCUGGUACAACAGGGUACUCUGGUGGUUCGGAUGACCAAGAUCACCACCAGCCCACCCAGCAGUGCAGUUCGUUGCAACAGCUGUCCAGUGCGGAUGCAACCAGAAAGGUGCAGGCGCGAGCCAACCGGACGCCUGAGCAAGUGGCGAUGUUUGGAGGACGCUGGCAGUGGCGCGUCCAGCUCAAGUCUUCACAUGGCUACCAGUGGCAGCCGCACCAGGGGGCAGAACACCACCACCACCUGAGCCAGCUUUGCUGUGGGGCUUCCAAAAAGAUGUGGCUCAAUGGGCAUUCUACGGAGAAGAUAGGGCUCACCAAGCGUCCUGGUACAACAGGGUACUCUGGUGGUUCGGAUGACCAAGAUCACCACCAGCCCACCCAGCAGUGCAGUUCGUUGCAACAGGUGCGGGACCAUUUGGGCAACACUGGAGCAUACGGCUUCCCGGAGGACUUUCCGCUGCAUGAGGCGGGCCCAUCUAGUCUGCCACGGCAGUGUCGGUGUGAGACGGAUGGUAUUGACGACGAGCAGGAGUCUAUUCUUUCCGAUGAAGAAGCAGAAGUGGAUGCGACACGGCCACAAGACGCAGACGGCCAGCAUGAGGAAUGGAUGCUCCCUUCGUGGCCGCCACAACCUGGCAUGGAGCCACGGCCGGAUCCCACUGCUCUGGGUGUGUGGCUAGUGCUGUACUGCAUGCAUGUGGAGCGCUCUGGGGAGAAUUGUACAGUGCACACCAACGAGGCUGGCGACGACAUCAUCAUGAUGUGCAAUGACUGCAUUCAUGCCUUGGAAUGGUUGCACUGUACGUAUCCGUAUCACUAUACGUAUCCGUAUUGA